CGUCAGCUGUUUACCGAGCGGCGGCGGUGCGGAGCUCAGCUUUCCGGAGCGAGUGGUUGGUGUUAGUGGCGGUUGCUGGCUCGCAGGGUAGGACCAGAAUAUAGACGGGGGGAUUUAAUUAGCCUCCGUCCAUCGUUCAGUGUGCCUUUUGAAGAGAGGGAGAAGAAGAAGAAGAAUAUUUUCCUUUCAUCCCAUGUGCCCGUGGUGUGCUCGGUGCCAGCGGCCGGUGCCGGGACGACGCUGCCCGGCUCCCCGGCUCCUCCUCCGGCCGCUGCUUCUGCUGCUGAUCUGGCUGGGAUCGAGCGGCAGACGCGCCGAGAAUGUGGCUGCUCCGUGCCCGGCCGUGUGCCUCUGUGAAGGCGACAGCGAUUCUCCGCGAAGAGUCGACUGCUCCGGUCGAGCGCUCACCACCGUCCCGCAAGGCCUCGGCAUCUACACCUUCUUUUUAGAUGCAAGCAUGAAUAACAUCACUGAGCUGCAGCCAGACUCCUUCCAAAAACUUCCAUAUCUUGAAGAAUUGCGACUGGCUGGUAAUGACCUGUCGUACAUUCAUCCAGAUGCUUUGUCUGGUCUAUCUCAGCUGAAAGUUUUAAUGCUUCAGAACAACCAGUUGAAAACUGUACCAAGUGCAGCCCUAAAAGGACUUUCAAUACUGCAGUCAUUGCGUUUGGAUGCAAACCAUAUCACAUCUGUGCCUGAAGACAGUUUUGAGGGUCUGGUACAACUGCGGCAUCUUUGGCUCGAUGACAAUAGCCUAACUCGAAUUCCUAUUUAUCAACUGAGCAAGCUACCUGCACUGCAAGCCUUGACAUUAGCAUUAAACAAAAUAACUCACAUACCCAACUUUGCCUUUGCAAAUCUCUCUAGUCUAGUUGUCUUACAUCUUCACAAUAAUAAAAUUGACACGAUAGAUAUCCACUGCUUUGAUGGGCUUGACAACCUAGAGACACUGGACUUGAACUACAACAACCUAAUGGAGUUUCCUGAAGCUAUCAAGUCACUUCCACAUCUGAAAGAGCUUGGUUUCCAUAGCAACAACAUUGCAGUAAUUCCAGAUAAAGCUUUCAGUGGGAAUCCUUUGCUUCGGACCAUACACUUGUAUGAUAAUCCAAUCUUGUCUGUGGGAAUUUCUGCUUUCCAGAAUCUGUCAGAACUUCAGUCUCUUACAUUGACUGGAACAAGAAUAAGUAAAAUUCCACCUGACUUGUGCCAACAACUGAAGAUGCUUAGAUUUUUGGACUUAUCAUAUAAUCAGAUAGAAGAACUGCCAAGUUUCCAUGGUUGUUCAGCAUUGGAGGAAAUUUCUUUGAAGCACAAUGAAAUCAAAGAGAUUAGAACAGACACAUUCCAAGGACUGGACUCCCUGCAUUAUCUUGACUUAAGUAAAAACCAGAUCUCUACAAUUCACAAGAAUGCAUUAACUUCUUUGACUGAACUGACUAGUUUAGACCUGAGUUCAAAUCAGUUGAAUUAUUUCCCGGUGGUUGGGCUAGAAGGACUAAAUCAACUUAAACUGUCUGGGAAUCCAAAUUUUAAGGAACUGCUCAAAGUGGAAAAUUUCCUGAAGCUCAGGACUUUGAUGGUUCCAUAUGCCUAUCAGUGCUGUGCUUUUAGUAGCUGUGAUCUUCAUCAAACUGUAAAUAUGGAGGGUACUAAAAACCAGGAAACCAGUGCUUCUCCAUUAGAAAAGAAAACUGGCCAAAGUAUUGACGAUGAAAUUAAGAAUGAUGAUGAAAGGAUUCAGCCAAUCGUCCACUGCACUCCAUCUCCAGGUGCAUUCAAACCAUGCCAACAUUUGCUGGGAAGCUGGAUGAUUCGUCUGACUGUGUGGUUCAUCUUUCUGGUGGCACUAAUUUUCAAUAUUCUUGUUGUCGUAACAACAUUUGCAUCAUGCGCCCCAUUGUCUUCUGCUAAGCUGUUUGUGGGUUUGAUAGCAGCAGCCAAUCUCUUAAUGGGAGUAUAUACUGGUAUCCUGACUAUUCUAGAUUCAGUGUCUUGGGGAAAAUUUUCUCAAUUUGGUGCCUGGUGGGAGACGGGAUGUGGCUGCAAAGUUGCUGGAUUCCUCGCUAUGUUCUCUUCUGAAGCGUCCAUUUUUUUCCUUACCUUGGCAUCCUUUGAACGGACUAUGACCGCACGUGAUUUAAUCAAAAAAGGAAAAAGCCAUCGUCUGAUACACUUUCAGGUAGCUGCUACCCUUGCUGUUUUGUUUGCUGCCAUAAUAGCUUGUCUCCCAUGGUUUCAUAUUGGAGAAUUCUCAGCAUCUCCACUCUGUUUGCCCUUCCCUACUGGUGAGUCUCCUUCCUUGGGUUAUACAGUGACUCUCGUGCUGCUAAAUUCAGUGGCCUUCCUGAUAAUGGCAAUUGUCUACACAAAGCUCUACUGCAACUUGGAGAAAGAGGAUCUUGCAGAAAAUUCUCAGACAAGUAUGAUUAAGCAUGUUGCGUGGUUAAUUUUCACCAACUGUAUUUUCUUCUGUCCUGUUGCUUUCUUCUCAUUUGCACCUCUCAUCAGCGCAAUCUCCAUCAGUCCUGAAAUAAUGAAGUCUGUAACACUUAUCUUUUUUCCACUGCCUGCUUGUCUGAACCCUGUUUUAUAUGUUUUCUUCAAUCCACGAUUCAAGCAAGACUGGAAUAUGUUAAAAUGGCGCCCAAAGCAGAAAGAUAAAUUGAUUGCAGCGACAAUGAACUCUCAAAACAGCUGUAUGACACCAGAAUUUUACUACGAUUGUGGAAUGUAUACCGACCUACAUGGUAAUCUUACGGUAUGUGACUGUUGUGAGUCACUGUUACUAACAAAACCUUCAACGUGCAAGCACUUAGUGAAGUCACAUAGCUGCCCAGCCCUGGCUGUGGUUCCAUGCCAGCGGCCCAGUGGCUACUGGUCAGACUGUGGGACUCAGUCUGCUCACUCAGAAUAUGCUGAUGAAGGGGACUCAUUUGUUUCAGAUAGUUCUGACCAAGUACAGGCCUGUGGGAGGGCCUGCUUCUAUCAAAGUCGGGGAUUUCCUUUGGUUCACUAUGCAUAUAAUAGUCCAAGAAUCAAGGACUAACUGCACAAGACUUAAUCUAAUAUAUGGACACUUAGAAACAAUCUAAUUUUUCUUGGUGUAAACUUUUAUUCUGGGAAGCACUUUUUCUUCAAUCUGACAUUUGUCAAAAGAAAAGGGAAUCAUGGUAGUAAGUUUCUUUUUGAGCCAUCUGUUCUUGCAAAAAGAGAAGUACCCAAACAGAUUAACUGUGUGUCCAUGCUAUAUAAUAACAGACUUUUACAAAAGUGUUUGUAAAUUUGUUCCAAGAAGAUCUAUUUUUAAAAUAAUAUCUGUGAUUCAUCCUGUUUCAUAGACAUUUUGCUGUGUUUUUGGGCAUUGUGUAGCUGUUCGCUUACAACUGCUGUUUAACGUCAUUUUAUGGAAAACUCACUGCCAGUUUUGUUAUUUCUUUUAAUCAGUUUCCCUAGUGAGUAACAUAACACUUGCCUACAUUGCAAAAUAAACAGAAGCUCCACACAGUUAGUAUAUUAAAAAAGUGAAUACCAUUUUUUUGGGGUUCAUUACUUGUAGCUCCUCAGAUGGUUAGGAGAUGCCAAAAAAUUACUUCCAAAACUGAAAUUUCAGGAAUGGAUUGUAGAUAUUGUGCAUAUGUUCUCAAAUUUGUAUUGUAAAUUAUUGGAUUGAAAAUAUAAGGGGUAUGAUUUUAUGUACUCAUUUUAAGUAAUGGUAACUACCUCUUAAAGUUAACCACCAGUAGCUGUUUAUCCGACUAUGGUCUAUAUACAGUACAUGGUUUUAACAAUUCUUGUAAAUAGUUUUGGAUGUACAUUAUCAUCAUGUUAUAAAAAUAAAGCAAUCUUUGUAAAUCAAUAUUGCAAUGUAACUUUUUGUAGUUUUAAAUCAUGUUGAAGGGAAUAUUAAUAUUGUGAUUUUAAG